GCCGGAGCCGGAGCCGGAGCCGGAGCGGGCGGGGCGAGGCGCAGGCGCGGCGCACGGCGGGCUGCAGCCGGGCCCCCGCGCCGCUCCCGGGAGCCGAUGGCAGCUGCACAGCGCGGCCGCCCGGCGGAGCGCGGCGCGGCUCGGCGCCCCCGGCGCGGGAUGCGCGGGCGGGCAGGAGGCGGCGGCGGCAGCGGCUGCGGCAGCUAGGGGAGCCGGAGGGACGGGGUCGGGCGGCCGGCGGCCGCCGCGCUAACCUGACCUACGUGCCCCCCUGGCCGCGCCGGGCUGCCCCGAAGGAUGUCCGCCCAGUCCAAGGGGACCGCAUCCUCCUCCUCGUCGCCGUCCGAGGGGCCGCCGGCAGCCUCCAAAGCCAAGGUGAAGGAGCAGAUCAAGAUCAUCGUGGAAGAUCUGGAAUUAGUCCUGGGGGACCUGAAAGACGUGGCCAAGGAACUUAAGGAGGUGGUUGACCAGAUUGACACACUGACAUCUGACCUGCAGCUGGAGGAUGAGAUGACAGACAGUUCCAAAACGGACACGCUGAACAGCAGCUCCAGCAGUGCAACAGCUUCCAGCUUGGAGAAAGUCAAAGUGCGGGGCAGCGCACCGCUCAUCAAGCCACCCGCACACCCCUCGGCUAUCCUCACUGUGUUGCGGAAGCCAAAUCCGCCCCCGCCCCCCCCGCGACUGACACCUGUCAAGUGUGACGAGCCUCUGAGGCUGCCUCCUUCAGCCAACCCUGUCAAGACUAAUGGUACCCUGCUGCGAAACGGGGGCUUGCCAGUGGGGCCCAACCGCACCCCAAAUGGAGAUAUAUGCUGUAUACCAAACAGUAAUUUGGAGAAAGUUGCGAUGCAGCCUCUGAUGCACAGACCUGAGAAAGAGCGGGGUCCUCAGCCAGGAGCCAGGGAACGGGUACGAUUUAGUGAAAAAGUGCAGUACCACGGCUAUUGUCCUGACUGUGAUGUUCGGUAUAACAUUAAAAACAGGGAGGUGCACUUGCACAGUGAGCCUUCCCGCGCUGUGGGAAAGCUGUCGCAUCAGUGCCCUCCUCUGCCGCCUCCACCACCUCCACUGCCUCCGUUUCCUCUGGAAAAUGGAGGAUUGGGGAUAAGUACUAGUAAUAGCUUUCCUCCUCCAAGACCUGCGACUGUGCCUCCACAAACAGCACCAAAACCCCAGAAGACCAUCUUGAGGAAGUCAACCACUACAACAGUGUGAUGUAUGCCACUUGAAACAACUCUGUUUUUUCCUAUAUAUAAAAAUAAAUAGGUAAUGAGCACUUUCUACUUGAGCAAUAAAAAGACCCAAUGCAUUACUCCCUGUGUCCAGUGAAGUGGCAUAAAAAUCACAUGCAACUUCAGGCUUGAAGGAAUAUCUAUAUCUGGAGGCACGUCAGUUAAAUUCUUGCAUAUCAGAUUCGUCAUUGUGACUUCUUGCAGGCCAGAUCUGAGAAGUAACCAGGAGCCUGACCCUCAGUGGAGAAUGGAAAAACCCUUCAAGUCAGAGCACAAUCACAAGUGUAAUCUGCAUUGAAACAACUUUCUCAGAUCUGACAGCUACACGCUGAGUCCUCGCAAAAGCCACAGCCUUAAAUUCCAUUUAGUGGGAAAUAAGAAUAAGAAGGACUAAAUGUCUUGCCCCAUUGCAGAAACUGCUGUCUCCAAGCCUGACACUUGAGUUCUGUGCUGACCAACCAGAGUAACAAACAAUGAGUUUUUCAUGGGUCCAGCCAGCAUCCAAAAAUAUUUCAAUAUGUAGCCAAAAGGAGAAAUGAAGCACUUAUGUGAUAGCAGAAAAUGAAUGGAUUUACUGUAACAGAGGAAUGUUACUGUUUGUGGGGAAAGAAGACCUCUCAUCUCUUGUACAUAUUCAAAGCCAUACAGGAACAGGGCAUCGGUGAUGUUAAAUUGCUUAAAAGGAUGCUGUCUCUUGUCCUCCACCCAACUUUGAAGAAAUUCAGCUGUUAGAGAUUGCAUCUCAAUGCACUUCUAGUAUUUGCACUGUCGCUUCCAUUCAGGGUAAUGAUGUGCGCCACCAUUUGCACACAGAUGGCCCCAGGAGAUUUUUGACCACAACAAGCUAUAUUUUACUGGGGCUCCAAAAGGAAUUAAAAAGUUAGAACUGAAGAAAAACAUUUGCGCUUUCUUUCACUAUGGGGAUCUCUUCACAGAAAGGACUAUGGUCUUUUCUAAGGUUUAAAUAAAUACAUACAUAUACAUACAUAUACAUAUAUGUAUAUAUAUGAAAAAGCAUCAACAUGAUAAGGUGUGUUUAAAAAGGGGAUAUAAUCUUUUUUAAUAGCAUCCAUUUUUUAACAUAUUAGCAGCCAAGAAGUUUAGUCUAUUGAAUUAUACAUCAAAAAAUGUUCCUAUUGAACAUUUAUGUUAUAGUCCCAGUUACCGUUGAAGAAGUCAUUUGUAAUAUGUAUUUGACAUACAAUUUUUCUAGCCAUUUGUCUAUACUUCAUGGAGAUAUCUAACAAAAAAUCAGCAUUUUCAGUUUAUUUUUCUAAAUAAAUGUGUUGUUUAUAAUUUGCAGUCACUCAUUUUGGCUGGUUUUCAUUAUCUCUGAAAAAGAUUUAAAGACAGAACCAAAACACAGGAACUGUUUGUUCGUGUUAAGCUGUAAUGAUUUGCUGACCAAAAGCUUUAAUAUAAAUACUGUAAUUUGUAAAAUCAUGAAGUAUAUUUAUACAGGCAAAUAUGUAUGGAAAACAAGAGGAGGUAUUUUAACUCUUAAUUUCAGAACAUAGUUUAUUUUAAUAUCCACACGAAGAAGUCUAAAUAUAUAAUGGAACAGAUUUUUUAUUACCAGUGAGUUUUAGCAAGUGAGGAUUUAGAUGUUUAAGAGUGAAAGGAAUGUAGUCUAAAAAUGGUGGUUUCCCAAAUUAUCCAGAGACCUUUUUUCAGCUGUCUCAUUUUACUCAAAAACUAGUUUAGUUUUUUGGGGUUGGGGGUUGGGUUUUUUUUGGUGUGUGUAUGUCUAUUAUGGAAUUUUGUUUGUUGUUUUGUUUUGUUUUAGCAUACUGAAAGGGCCAUGAAGUUGAUACUAUUUGAUCACAAACAAUUUGAGAAGAUAGAGAAUAAGAAGUUCCUUAGAACAAUCUACAGUUUAGUUAAGAACAGUUGUUAUCCAUCUGCUGCAGUGUUUUGUUAUCGAGUUAUUGAACAUUUCAAUGCUAGAGCUGUUUUGAAUAAAAAUAUAUUUUUUCCUUUUUUCUUA